AUGGCCAGCUUGGACUGGGUCUUCUCCUUUGGUCGUAACCAGUACAGGCAGUUGGGCCUUGGACACAAUGAAGACCAAACUCUUCCGGUAAAAUUGGACUUUCCAUCGGCUGAGGGAGUUGUGAUUGCCAUCGCUUGUCUCUUUUUCUCAUCUGUAGCACUCCUCGACUCAGGCGAGGUAUUUGCUUGGGGGAUCAAUGUACAUGGCAUUUUGGGCCAAAGUGCCAACGUGGAGGAGCAAAACAUUCCUCGCAAAGUGCCCGGCUUGGAAGGCAUCACCAUUACAAGAAUCGUUUGUGGCGCAAAUCAUGUCCUGGCUCUGUCUAGCGAUGGAAAAGUCUAUUCCUGGGGAUGGAACGAAUAUGGCCAACUUGGAAAUGAAACCAAAGAAAAUUCACACCGGCCAACUUUGAUGUCUGGAAUUAUUGGCAGGAUAAGAGACGUAGCUGCUCAUAUCACGUUACAUCUAAGUGCCGUAGUCACAGAAGCAGAUGAAAUUUACGUAUGGGGUAGCUUCAAUGGCCAUAUCAUUUUGAGACCGAUAGAAACCUCAUUCAUUUCGCUGGAUGAAGUUUUUGCGAAACUGCCAAUUCCGGCAUUGACAUUCCGACCAUUGCAUCCAAAACCGAUAGAAGAAAUGAACACAGCAAACGAAAGUUAUGAAUGGCUCAAGAAAUCCUUUGAUGACGCCGAUACUGCUGACGUUGUUUUCGUUGUCGAGGGAAAGAAAAUCCACGCGCACAAAGCGAUUCUGAUAAUGCGAUGCGUAGUCUUCAGGACAAUGUUCCAGGGUAAUUGGAAAGAGAGCAACCAAAGUGAGCAAAUCAUCUAGCAUCACAGCUACGACUCGUUUUACACCUUUUUGAGAUACUUCUACACGAACGAGGUUGAUCCACAGCCAGAUUUGGCUCUAGGUAAAGAACUUGAAUUGCACUGGUUUCUGUUUU